UUGAUAAAAGAAAUUGAUAUAAACAGUAAAACACACAAGUUUUUCGUUCUGUUUGCAAAACUGACACUGACUAAAGUUGAGAUUGAAAUUCAAUUAAAGUCAAGUUGUGUGUUGUUGCGAAAAAGAAAGAAGAUAAUCUCAUUGAUCAUCAUAUCAUUUAUGACUGCCUUGAACUGUCGAGAGAUAAUAUUAUUAAUAAUGACUAUUUGAUUCAACACACUGCCAACGAGACAUUCCACUUGUAUUCCACUCAAACUAAUCAGGAAACAGAAACAAUUAAGCAUUAGUCAGUAAGAGAAGGACAUUAUGAAGUCAUUGGCUGUUAUGCAGUGGAAUCGGCCGGAGACCCCGACGCUGCUGGGACUAUGGUUGUUGUUGAUUGUCGGUGCAAAAAUUGGAUUCCACCGAAUGCCACGUGCCCGUCACUUCUUCCCAGAGUCUGCAGUUCUAAUUGUUCUUGGUCUAUUUGCCGGUUUUACAAUUUACGAGUUAUGGACAGUUGACCUUUUCCUACACCCAGAUCUUUUCUUUCUUUACCUUCUGCCACCAAUUGUACUAGAGGCAGGGUAUUUCAUGCCAAAUAAGGCGUUUAUCAGCAAUAUCACAACAAUAUCUCUUUUCGCCGUCGCCGGAACAGUCAUGAAUAUCUUUUUGACAAGUUGUUUCAUAUUCGCCUUUCAAAAUUUCUACGACUUCAAUAUCACUAUUGUGGACACCUUACUUUUUUCGACGGUCAUCUCUGCUGUAGAUCCAGUGGCAGUUUUAUCAGUAUUCGAAGAAAUCCAUGUCAAUAAGCUUUUGUAUAUUACGGUUUUUGGGGAAUCCUUGCUCAAUGAUGCAGUUACAGUUGUUCUAUAUCACUCCUUCCAUUCCAUGGUCCGUAUCGGACAAGCUCAUUUGAUCUAUCAAGACUACACCAUGUCUAUGAUGAACUUCUUCCUAGUCUCCGGCGGUGGCAUUCUUGUCGGCGUAGUUUUUGCGGUAGUAGCUGCUUUAGGUGUCAAAUGGAGCUCGAAUGUGUCAGUUCUUCAGCCAAUUAUUUGCAUCACAGUUCCGUAUAUGGCAUACUUGUGCUCAGAAAUUGUGCAUGUUUCGGGAAUUUUGGGAAUUGUGGUAUGCGGACUUUGCAUGAAAUCUUAUGUAACUGGAAGUAUGGAAGAACGAGCUGAUAUCACUGUAAAAUAUACCCUGAAAACGUUAUCAUCAUGCUGUGAAGCUAUUAUCUUCGUAUUCUUGGGAUUUUCCAUAUUUUCAAAGGAUCAUAAAUGGGACUUUGGUUUUGCAAUUGUCACUGUUAUCACUUGCUUUGCUGCCAGAUUCCUCGUUGUGUUCACAUUAACAUGGGUGGCAAACAAGUGGAGAAUGCAAAAAAUUUCACUGCGAGAUCAGACAAUCAUGGCGUUUGGUGGACUUCGAGGUGCAAUUUGUUUUGGAUUAGUGUUAACUAUCGACGGAGAAGUAGUCCCGGCCAAGCCGAUCAUGAUAUCCACCACAUUGAUAGUAAUAGUAUUCACUGUAUUUAUUCAAGGAACAAUGAUAAAGCCACUGGUAUCGUUUUUAAAUGUGAAAAUUGACAAUGCUUAUGACAAGUCUUUAUUCCAAAGUUGUAUUGAACAUUCAUUCGAAGACACAAUGUGCGGUGUUGAAGCAAUAAUUGGAGCUCAUGGGCAGUACUACUGGAAAAACAAAGUCGACAAAUGGAAUGCUCAAUUCUUGGAGCCAGCUCUCACCCGACAGGAUAUGAAUCGAGGCAGGCGGCUCUUGAAAAAGUUGACUGACAUGACAACCGACGAGCAACGGGAAGCUCUGUUACAGGAAGAAUCCGCAAUGCUCGAGGAGCAUCAAGUAUAGGAGGAACGGGCUUGAAAUAGUUAUACUUUGUUAUUUUUUCGUUACAAAUAAAAAAAAACUUGUUUUGAAGAAAAA